AUGAUGCAGCAUUUAGACAUGGCUCUACUAUCGGCAUUUGUGGAGAGGUGGCAGCCGGACACAAACACCUUCCACAUGCCGUUUGGAGAGAUUUCGAUCCUUCUACACGAUGUGCAUCAAAUUCUUCGGAUACCGGUUGACGGAGAGCUGAUGGGAGAUGAGGCGUCACAGGAUACUCUUAAGUCAGACAUGGGUGGUCUAGUUCGACUUUCGGUGGAUGCUCAGGUUGGUGGUAAGUGGAAGUCUAAGUGGUACGAUAAUGGUGCUAUGCAUGCAGAGGGAUUGUUGGUGCGUGGGGGAGAUGAUUGA